CGACAACCGUUGCAACCUGCAACUUACUGCUGCUGCCUUGCUCGUCCCUGCGCUCUUCUUUUCCCCUGGGAGGCUCUCUCACUCCCCUCUUCUACCCUUGAAUCACUGCGCAUUGCCAGUGUUUGCCGUUCCUUGUCCCCCUUCGCCCUUCCACCCCCUAGUGGUCUUCAAUAGUUCCCUCCUUACUUUAAACAGGGGCCGUCAAGAUGGGAAGCCACAUGCAUAAUCUGACAACUCUUAUCAAGCGGUUGGAAGCCGCAACCUCCCGCCUGGAGGAUAUGGCGAUGUCACUGGAUGACCCCAAUUCGCCCAAGACCGUAGGCGCUGAGAAUGCCCUUCCCGAACCGCCCAAGCCUGCUCCUCCGGCAGCCCCCGCCGCCGCUCCUGUCCUGCCGCAGAUCCAGGAUUUUGACACACUGAUCAAGGAGGACGUGCGGAACUUCGUGGAGCUGGGACGGAAGAUCGAUGGCCUGGUUGGAGAACAGUCAAGUGCCGUCCUUCAAGCCUUCGAGGCCGAGCGUACCUACCUCUAUGUGUCGACGAAAGCCAAGAAGCCAGACCAGCAGCCCCCGGAGCUCAUGACGGAGCUUCACAAAGCCUCGGACAGCAUCAACAACAUUCGUGAGUCGAACAGAGCGUCGAAAUUCUUCAACCACCUCAGCGCAGUGGCCGAGGGUAUUAUUGCCCUCGGCUGGUUCUUCGCGCCUAAGCCGGCCGAAUUCGUCAGCGAGAUGGCUGGAGGUAUUGAAUACUAUGGCAACAAGGUCCUGAAGGAGUACAAGGAGAAGGACAGCACCCACGUUGAAUACAUUCAGGCCUACUGCCAGAUCUUCAAGUCCCUUGCUGCGUACCUCAAGAAGCACUACCCCAAGGGCUUGACCUGGAACGACAAGGACGGAAUCGACGUACAAGAAGCCCUCAGGCAGAUCAAGAGCGGCAGCUCUGGCCCUGCCUCCGGUGGCGCACCGCCCCCGCCUCCUCCCCCACCCCCAGUGCCGACCCUGAAUGUCCCUGGCGGAGUCCCUCCCCCUCCUCCCCCGCCGCCCGGAGCCCCUGCUCCCGCGGCAUCCGCCCCGGCACCAGACAUGGGCGCCGUGUUCGACCAGCUGAACCGCGGAGAAUCCGUCACUUCCGGCCUCCGGAAGGUCGACAAGUCCGAGAUGACGCACAAGAACCCCAGUCUCCGCGGGAGCUCCAUCGUCCCCGAGCGCCCCAGCUCACAAGGAAGCAUCUCUCGGAGCAAGUCCCCCGCGCCGAGCAAGAAGCCCAAGCCGGAGAGCAUGCGCACCCGCAAGCCGCCCCGCAAGGACCUCGAAGGCAGCAAGUGGCUGAUCGAGAACUUCGACAACCCCGGCGAGAUCGUGGAGAUCUCCGCCCAGCAGAACCAGUCCAUCCUCAUCUCCCGGUGCAACAAGACGAUCAUCAAGGUGAACAACAAGGCCAACGCCAUCUCCAUCGACAACUGCACCGGGCUCUCCCUCAUCGUCGACUCGCUGGUCAGCAGCCUCGACGUCAUCAAGUCGCCCAAGUUCGCCCUUCAGAUCGACGGCGUCGUCCCCACCCUCCUCCUGGACCAGGUCGACGGCGCGACCAUCUACCUCGGCCAGCAGAGCCUGGCCACGGAGGUCUUCUCUAGCAAGUGCUCCGCCAUCAACGUCAUGCUUCCUCCCAAGGAAGGAACAGACGAUGACACCAAGGAGUGUCCGGUUCCCGAACAGAUCAAGUCCUACGUGAAGGACGGCGUCAUCGUCAACGAGAUCGUCGAGCACGCCGGUUAGUUUGGGACAACACAACCACCUCCAUUCAACUCUUGGAUAUCAUCCCAACUUUCCUCGCAGUGGCACGGUAUUUGGAAACCGAAGUACCUUCUUACUUAUACUUGCUUCACUGCCGUGUCCCUUGUCGUCGUCCACCAUACAUGUAGAUAGAGCCAUCUCCUCAUUCAAUUCUAUAUGCCACCCCUCUUCCCCAGAUCA